AAGAUUUCUGUUGCUACCUGGACCAGGCUAUGCUCCCGAAAUCAAUGUUCCGUCGACAAGAAAGCAUAGCACCACUUUGAGCGUCUUUUCCAAAGCUCGUUCAGAACAGUCAUUGGCUAUUGCUUCGUGUCGAAGGCAUGAUGAACGAGAACGAUCAUGAAUGCUUGCCUGAAUCGAAUGUGGAACCUGAAAAUGGUCCGGCGGACUCACCAGCGCAUCGCGGAACAAAAGAUGGUCAAGAAGGAAGCGUUGGCGUGCUAGAAAACUAUCCUUCAUUUGCGACUCAUUUCGGGAUGCGAACCCGUCAGUAUCGAACCAGAACAACGUCAGGCAGAACAAGACUGGGCCCCAUCCCAGAUGACUAUACCGCACGGUAUCCGAAAGAUGCUAUCGGCGAGGAAAUGUCGGCUAAUGGAAGAUUCUGGCGGACGUACACGGAUGAAGCCCUUAUUUUUGAUGGGGAAAUGGUAGAUUUGUAUCAGGACACCAUCAACGUUCUCUUGAUUUUUGCUGGUUUAUUCUCUGUGGUUUUGACCACUUUCGUCAUUCAAACAUCGCAAAAACUACGACCAGAUUAUACAGAAGUUUCUGCUUCUUUACUCAUCGAACUUGUUGGGUUCCAACGCGCAGCGAACACUUCCUCAAUUCUCUCUUCUCCUUUCUACCCUUCCAUAUCUUUUUCCCCAUCACCGGCAGAUGUCUGGCUGAACAGCCUGUGGUUCGUCAGUCUGACUCUCAGUCUAAUAACAGCGCUCGUAGCUAUUUUGGUCAAGCAAUGGCUUCAUCAAUACGUCUCUAUCAUUUCGGAUAUCUUACCUCGCGACCGUGGCUACAUUCGCCACUAUCGAUACAUAGGUUUGAAGACGUGGCAGGUCCCAGUGAUCAUCGAGCUCCUUCCGGUGCUUCUCCACAUCGCCUUGGGUCUAUUUUUUGCCGGUCUUUCGAUCUAUCUGUUCACAUUAGACAUCGCUAUCGCGUAUGCCGUUGCUGCCAUUUCGGCCACAUCUUACGUCGCAUAUGUCGUUUGCCUCGUCCUCCCCCUCUUCUAUCACAAUUGCCCUUACAAAACACCGUUAAUGCUCCAUCUUCCCGGAUUGUAUCAUGCCGCACGUGGUAUGGUUUCAAGACUUAUUCCUUGCUUCUUCAACAAGCGCUUAGCGAAAGCCCGCCCAAUCAAAGACAUGGAACGAAACAGUGCUUUUCAGGCGGCAGCAGCCAUUGAUAGCGAGGCCGUAUCUUGGCUGUAUUCGGCGUCUUCGAACAUCUCUGUUAAACAGAUUGUCUUACAAGCCAUCCUCGGAAGUCGUAUCCGGAACACUGUUGAUGUCGACAAUGCCUUAGGUCCUAUUUUUGACCAACUAGGCGGUCUGGAGCCAGACGUGCAGCACUCAAUAGUGAGCCUUCCGUUGCCAAGGCGCCACUCAGACUCCCCGUCGAGAGCAAACCCAUUCCGGGACACCACCACUAGCCUGCUUGCGAUAAUUCGCUCGCCAAUGCUAGAGAGUGUCGUCCUACCCCAGAAUGUCUGGGUUUCUAUCUUAAAGUGUGCGGAUUGGGGGUCACCGCCUGCCAUUCACUUAGUGAUAGAGUUGAUGGAACUAUGGAAGAAUAAUCUACUUCAGGAAGAUUUCGGUGUUCAAGUAUUGGCCGAUACACACACCAUUCCGGUACUUUAUGUCAUCUAUAACCACCGACGUUUCCAGAACAUUUAUCGACUGCCUUCGUUUGGUCUCAGGUCCACGGCUUCCCCAGCAUUAUCCAGACUCUUCCUGGGACGCUAGUCGAGCAUUGUCAGCGGUUAUCACAUUGUUUCGCGUUAUGCUGACGUCAAACCUUGAGAAUAAUGUUCAUGGCAUAAAUUGCCUCUUACACGGGACGUCCAUAGCCGUUCAAACGAUGCUUCAAAAAAAGGCUUUCCUUGCCUCGCAGGAAUACCCGUUGCAGGCGACACCACCGGCUACCUCCGAACAGCCCUUGCCACAACCAGAGAUGGCAGCUCGGACGGACUGUCAUACCAUAUCUUCAU